GCCAAGAGGCUCCACCUCACCUAAUUGGGAACAAUUUUUCCCGUUUCUUUUUUUUCUGGAGGAAACUUUACUUCAUAUCCAAUUCCCGGCUACAAUUGGGCAAUAUAUUUUUUACUGGAGCCGCUGGAAACCAGACUCAAUACAACGUAGGCUUUGGUGGCCUUCAAAACCCCAACAACAAACAACAACAAAAAACAUUUAAAAAUAACUUUGGCUGUGUUAGCAUGAAGUACACACUUGUUACUAGCAAGGACCAGCCUCCUGGGCCUCUCAGCCAAGAAGACAAGCAAACACAGUAAGAUGUUGGUGCAGGAGUAUGUAAGGCCCAGAAUGGUUUUCUGAUGUUGAAGAAAUGGUGUAGGUUAUCCUAGGCGGUGGUAUUCAUCCGAUGUUCUGGAAUCUCCUGUUACUACUUGGUUGGGGCACCACAAGAAUGAUGAUAGAGACUGUGGUGGAAGGCAGUGGCAAGUUGGAUUUUGGUGAAUAUGAACUUGAACUUUGGGAUUUAAGGUAUAAUAGCAUGUUACAUAAACACAUGCGAAGGAUGCAAGGAGAUCACCUCGGUGGAAAAUCAAGGUUGCGGGAUUGGCUACGACCAUCGUGUGUCCCUAUCACCAUCAUCGUCACACUAUCAAUGCUCAUUGUUGCCAUGGCUCUCCUGGAUGACAGCAUUUCCCGUAUCCAGAAUAAAUACUCUGAAUGUGAUCACUGCAGUUUUCGUUUGGUUGAGAGUAUUCCUGAGAACCUGACGUAUAGUGCUGGUAGUGUGGAAUAUCCUAGCAUCUAUAGUGCUUGGGCAUCCCUCAUUGAUGGUGCAGAAUAUUCCAUUGAUAUAGCAGCAUUUUACUGGACGCUUCUCAAUGAUGAUGUUACUAAGAAGCCAGUAGCAUCAUCCUGGCAAGGAGAGGAUAUUCUCAGACGUCUUAAUGAUACAGGUCUGGAUAAAAAUGUGCUUAUUAGAAUAGCACAGAAUUCACCCUCAGCUGUUUCUCCUCAACAUGACAGUGCAAUGCUUGCUGCAGCUGGUGCAGCUCAGGUUCGAAGCUUAGACUUUGACUCUCUCAUGGGUGGAGGUGUUCUGCAUACUAAGAUGUGGAUAGUUGAUGGUCAGCACAUAUAUCUUGGAAGUGCAAAUAUGGACUGGCGCUCUCUUACACAGGUGAAAGAAGUUGGCAUAGUUAUUAACAACUGCUCUUGUUUGGCCAGUGACAUGAGCAAAAUUUUUGAGGUAUACUGGCAACUGGGUAAGAAGGGAGCUGACAUACCACCUGUCUGGCCAAAGCCACUGCAGACCAUUUUUAACAUUGAGAACCAGCUGGCUGUGAAUCUCAGUGGUUUUACAAUCAACACUUAUCUGUCUAGUUCUCCCCCUCCAUUCUGUCCAAAAGGAAGGAGCAACGACAUUGAUGCCAUUAUAGAUGUGAUCAGUAAGGCUAAGAAGUUUGUUUACAUUGCUGUUAUGGACUAUUUCCCAAAGAUGCUCUUUACUAAGAAGAAAUAUUGGCCUGUUAUUGAUGACAGCCUGCGUGCUGCAGCCAUGGAGAGAGGUGUUCGUAUACGGGUGCUUGGUUCACACUGGAAUCAUACACGACUUGAUAUGAAGUAUUACUUAAAGUCUCUUCAGGACCUUAACAGUACUGAAACCAUGAUGAACAUUGAAGUGCGCUUGUUUGUAGUACCAGCAUAUACAGAAGAGCAAGAAGAAAUUCCUUUUGGUCGAGUCAACCAUAACAAGUACAUGGUGACUGAUAAUACAGCCUACAUUGGUACUUCCAACUGGAGUGGAGACUACUUUAUCAACACAGCUGGCAUAGGACUAGUAGUCAAUGAAACAGAUUCGACAUCAACAUAUCCAGAUGUUGAUGUGGAUGCUCUCUCUCUCCGUUGCCAACUCCAGGCAUUAUUUGAACGAGAUUGGACUUCUGAAUAUGCUAAACCCAUAGAUGAGUUCUUUCAGUAAUGUGAAUAUUAAUGCUGUGCUUUGUAUUGAGCUGACUGGUUCAGCCAUAGAGGAAUUCUUAUACUAAUGGAACUGGUAAUGUAUUUUAUUGAACUACUGUAAUUGAUACAUCCAUAAGGAAUUCUUAAUGUAAUGCAAAAAGUAAUGUGCUUUAUUGAACUAACCGAGCCAUGUGUACGAGUUAAAUGGAUAUAUGCAAAUUGUUAUGAAUGCAGGUUUACAUUGAACAUGAUAUAUAUAUUUGUAUGGUAUUUAUUCUCACAAAGUUUGGUUUCUUCCAGGCACCAAAGAUAUUGUCAGAACAGUCAUUUUCUGUUAUUGGUUAGUAUUAUAUAUAAGAUGUGACCCUUUUGAUCUUGAUAUCUGCUUUACUGUUUUUAUUAAUAUCCUCCCAUUUACCUCUGUGAAAAAUGGAAUAAUUAUAUUUUUAUCUUUUUACACAUUUUAGUCAAGCAAUUUACACGUAUUGUUUGUUUAUAUAAGGUUCCAGGCUACAGUACAAUACUUAGUGAUGUAAGUAAGUCCAUUAACUCUAACUCAGUGUAUGCAUAAAAUUCAGUGCCUAGAUUCCGAAGGUUGGGUGAAGAUAUAAAUAUUGAAUAUAUAUUCUUUGAGAAGAAAAAAAGGAAAGUUGCCUUAGUACAGUUUUGUAUAACUUAUUCAGCUGACUGAAUGCUGAUCUUAAGACUCAUAAGUAAAUUUUUACAUUAGUUGCAGUACUUAUGAUAUGACUCUCUUAUUAGGAAAAAAUAUAUUAAACAGAAAGGAUAUUUUCACAUUUCUUUUAAUUCUUAUUGAUGCUUUAAUAAGUAAAUAUGAUUCAUUAUGUCACAGAAUUCCUGGAGAUGGGAAGUACAGUGCUGGCACUCUGAAGGAGGGGGUGUUAAUGGUGCAGUUUUAUAACUGUAGUGUAAGCAUGCCUCUGCCAAGGCAGUGAUGGAGUGAGUGAUGGAAGUUUUUCUUUUUUGGGCCACUCUGCCUUGGUGGGAAACAGCCGAUGUGUUAAUAAAAAAAAAUAAUUUAUUUAAAUUGACUUGUAUAAAAGAGACACUUGUUUAACAUUUGGUAACUCACUAUGGAAAGGUUUUGCUCACCAUGGGCUUUGUCUGUCCAGUGAAGUCUCUCAAUCUCAAUCUCAAUCUCUCUUUCUCUCUCUCAAAACUCUUGAAUUAACAGACUAAUAGGUGGCAGUGGGUGACCAGUAAUGACAAUUGUAGUGAAGAGAUGAAUAUGCCAUGAUCAUAACAAUAACAGACAAUUCUGUAACUGUGGACUUUUUAUUUAAACUGACAAUAGUCAUUUGAGAAUGAUCAUGUGUUCUAAUUUUAUUAGGAAUUUGUGUUGCAAAUGAAGAGUGCUAUCUUUAGUGUGUAUUUUCUAUGACAUUGUUGCACAGAUUAUCGAUUACUAUGGAAAAUGUGAAGACUUAGAUAUGUACUUCAUAAGCUGAAAAUUAUCAUUGUUGUACACUGAUGACAGUGAAAUCCAGUAAAUAUUUCCAGUGUUAGACCAUAUAUUAACCCUUAAACUGUCCGAACGUAGAUCUAUGUUUUUGUACAUUCUUUCUUAUGGAGAAAAUCAAGGUUGGAGCGCUAUGCUUGCAAACGUAGAUCUACGUUUGGACAGUUUAAGGGUUAAGCUUCAUGACAAACAGUAUAUGUACAUAGCACAUGUUUGACUUACGUGGUGCAUUAGACUAGUAGCCGAGGGGAUGAACCUGGAAUUGUUGGUAGUCUAAUGUGUUUUUGUUUACUUCUUAUUCCUAAAGUUUCCUGAUACAAGAUCUUAUGACCACCACCAUAACAGCAUUGAGUAUUUUUCAGAAUUUGCAGAUAUCCAAGAUGAAUAUUUUGUUUUUGGUGUAACUUUCCUUCUAACAUGAUUUUUUAUAUGGUUCAAAUGUCUGAACCACAGUUUUCCCAUCAGGGUAAUUUAUUUAUGGCCAUUGCAAAUUCAUCAGGAUGAUAUGCAGUGGCUAAAAAUUAACUUAUAAAGUGGCUGCUGUAGUUGUCUCCAUUGACUAUGUGUAGGAUCUCAUAUUCAUACAUUGAAUUUUCUAGGAUUGAAUUCUCAAGGAUAAGUAGAUAAAUAGGUUGUAGAGUAGAUAAUCAUAUAGGCCUUAUAUGAUACAAUAUUUUAACAUUAUGUUAGAUAGGAGUGGAGUCAUAUAGUUUUUGGGACUUGAUGAGCCGUUAAUGAGGUAACGUUUAUGCAGGAAUUCAGGGAAACUGGUUAGCUGGACUUGUGAACUACAGUGCCUGCUCUCUGAAAGAGGGGUGGAGAUAUAUGCAGUUUGGAGGGGCAUCUGAACUGUAGUGUCUGCACACCUGUGGCAAACCUGAGAAUAACGUUCUGAUACCUUAGUAAGGAAUCGUUCAAGACACUGUACACUGUGUACAUCAGGCCCAUACUGGAGUAUGCAGCAGCAGUUUGGAACCCACACCUGGUCAAGCACAUCAAGAAAUUAGAGAAAGUGCAAAGGUUUGCAACAAGGCUAGUUCCGGAGCUCAGGGGUAUGUCCUAUGAAGAAAGGUUGAGGGAAAUCGGACUGAUGGCAUUGGAGGAUAGGAGGGUCAGGGGAGACAUGAUAAUGACAUACAAAAUACUGUAUGGAAUAGAUAAGGUAGACAGAGACAGGUUGUUCCAGAGAGGGGACACAGAAACAAGGGGUCACAAUUGGAAGCUGAAGACUCAGAUGAGUCAGAGGGAUGUUAGGAAGUAUUUCUUCAGUCAUAGAGUCGUCAGAAAGUGGAACAGCCUAGCAAGUGAUGUAGUGGAGGCAGGAACCAUACAUAGCUUUAAGAUGAGGUAUGACAAAGCUCUGGAAGCAGAGAGAGAGAGGACCUAGUAGUGAUCAGUGAAGAGGCAGGGCCAGGAGCUGAGUCUCAACCCUUGCAACCACAAUUAGGUGAGCACAAGUUUUGGAAUGAAUGAUGGUAAAGAGUAUUUCUUUUUUUGGGUCAUGCUACCUUGGUGGGAGAUGGCCAUUGUUAAAAAAAAAAAAUAUUAUAGCAUAUGUUGCAUAAGCAUUACAUCUCAUUUUAUAUUCAGAAAACUGUUCAACAUAGUCUAUAUAGCUGUGUGUUACUCUGACUACAACUGCCCAGCAGAGCUCAUGAAAGUCUUCAGACAAGUUCAUACAGUUACUGGAGCACAUUGUUAAGAGAGGUGACGUACAUCGCACUGGCUUGCAGAAAAAAAAUGUCCAACGAUUCUGAUUAUGUUCUGUUUGUUAUCAAAGCUGGGUUUCGUCCUGCCCAUCAGCUCAUCUCCAACAUCUGAGAAAAAGAUAAGGUUUAGCUAAAGAUCUAGUGAUCCUUCGUUGCAAAGAUGCCAUCAUUCUCAGGUAAAAGCUUUGAACUUAGAGGAACAUUGAAUAUUUUGUGACUACACUGUCUCUAGCUCUAAGAAUCCAAAGAGGUGACACAGUGCAGGACAGCUGAAAAUAUCUAAAGAAUUUCUCAUGUAGUUUGUCUUCCUAACUUGUUUAGAAAGGAAUGAGAGCUGGACUCGCAUGCAACGUAUGAUUUACUUGCAGAAGAUGCACAGGACCUCAAAGACUGAUAUGACAAGUUCUGCAAACUGCCGAUUAAGCAACAAAGACUGCCUAAAUAUGAAUGUACUGUUACUGAUUUUGUUUUUCUCAGUGUGAUAGAUAACUAUUACUUAAUUUAAUAGAUAACAUAGCAAGCAAUUGCUAUCAGAUGUGGACAACACUGGAUGUGCAUCAAAUGUACAUGGGUUAUAAUGGUAAUGUCACUUAAAGGAAAUCAUUUAGGUAGUUUGGUGAUGCUGUUUUGGUGCUGCAUUUAGAUGGUUGUGCAAGUUUGUGAUCAUAUAUCUGAAGCAAUCAAAGUUGUAAAAACUAAUGAUUCUGAUAAGCAUGUACCACAUGUUGUAAGAUUAAAGCUGAAAUCCACUCAUAGGAAAAGUCAGCUGACUAUGAAUUUGGGCAAUUCACCCACAGUAAAACACUGUCAGACAUGAGUGACACUCCUCACAUUAGUAUCUGCACUAUCAUGAUUGCUAAUGCAAAUGUUAAUGUGGAUGAUACUCUAACAGUUGGAAAUGGAGAUAACAUGUCACUCUCCUUCAAGAAUAACCUGCUUUAUGGCUUUCAUGACAAAACAUCUCACUAUGUGGAAAUCAUGGAAAUUCUGAAUAAUAAUAAUAAUUUGAUUAUACUCUAUUAUUAUUAAAUACUGAACCUGAACGGAUCAUACAGCACUGCUGGAAAUCUAAAGAAAAGAGUAGUUUUGACAUGGAAUUGAUAUAUAACAAACCUUCAUGUCAUUGGGUAGUAGAGAGAUAUUAGCCCUUUGCAAGAACUCCAGUAUGAACUAUGUGAAAUGACAGCAUUACAGAAUCAGUUUUGUAAAAUUUUUAAGGAAAAUAAAGCUACAGUGGAUAAAUUUUACAUCAAGACAGUUAAUAACAAGAGAUAUUAUGAUAAGGGAUAGACCUUAGCUGAUCUACAGUAUAGUCUGGCCUCGUGCAGGAAUUGUCCAAAUGUGGCAGAUUGAAAUUUUAUAAUGUCUGUGAAGAGGUCCUAAUAAUUUUUGAUAGACAUGAGGGUUUGUUAGCUAAAGCAUCUAAAAGACAGUGGUGAUUUCAGGGAAGCUCUUCUGUAUAUAUUCUCAGUCCAGGAAUGCCUUUUAUCAACAAGGAGACAAGUAUGAGAAAUCUAGACGACAUGAAAUCCUUAAGUCUUCUUUGUGGUUCUGCAGUAUUAUGGGUGACAUUACAGAAUUUUUCUGUCCUGAUAAGAAUUUGUUGCUUAAAGUCAGAGGUUAUGGUGACAGAAUUAUCACUAUUCUAAGUGAUGAUACAGAACUGGGGAACAUACUGUAAGAAGCAUCUUCUCAGUCUGAUAUGCUUGAUGCUGAUUCAUCCUUUUACAGUACUCUUUAUGGAUGCUAUUUAGUCACUCAGAUGAAUCAACUUCAUUUUGUAAUCCUCCCAAAAAAAGAAGCAUCACCAGUAAUCAGAAUCCUUCUGCUGACCAAUAAGAACUUGGCAUUGUAUUUCCAACAUGCCCAUCUUCAGGUCAUGUUUUACUGCAGAUAAGCAGUACCCACCACCUGUGGACAUAUUGGCCCUUGGCUGAAAAAUAAUUGAUAAUUGCUCUAUUCCUGUCUUUAAUUCUGGUUCUAUGUCUCCUCCAACACUGCUGCAAGUUAUAGCAUCUAAUUUCCAAGCUCUAAAGGUAUGUGCUCAAGAGAGAUGCGGUUUUACUGUUGGUAUGUCAUGCACAACCUACUACCAUUGCUCUGCUACUGAAGGAUGUAACAACUGUAACUAGUUCUAUUGUACAAGAUGAAGAAAAUGGUAAUGAUAAUAGUGAGCAGCUAUAAAGAGUUCAUGAAAGUGCAUUUUGUUUCAUAAGCCUUAUUUUCAUUCAAGUUGGAUUGGUUAGAUAUCUAUUACUGUAAGUAACUUGCAUUUGUAGCCCACAACCUGUAUUUAAUUUUUUAUUUACUCGGUAACCAAAUUGGCACUUUUUAAUGAAAUAAGCUUCACUUUAAGCUUGGUCUCUGAGGACUGCUUGUUUUACAUCACAAACAAGAAAGACAUUUCCCUAAUUACUCAUCUUCUAUACAGUGGACCCCCAGUUAACGAUAUUUUUUCAUUCCAGAAGUAUGUUCAGGUGCCAGUACUGACCGAAUUUGUUCCCAUAAGGAAUAUUGUGAAGUAGAUUAGUCCAUUUCAGACCCCCAAACAUACACGUACAAACACACUUACAUAAAUACACUUACAUAAUUGGUCGCAUUGGGAGGUGAUCGUUAAGCGGGGGUCCACUGUAUUUGACAACUGUAUCGUGUGCCCUCAGCCUGGGACUGAGAUGUCCCAUUUGUUGGGGAUCCCUUACUCACAUAUUUUGACUUUCAUACUUUUAUUUAUAAUUUUAUAGAUACAGUGGUACCUCGGGAUACGAACUUAAUUUGUUCCAGAAGGCUGUGAGUGCCAGUAUUGAACGAAUUUGUUCCCAUAAGGAAUAAUGUAAAUUAGAUUAAUCCAUUUCAGACCCCCAAACAUACACUUUCAAAAGCACUUACAUAAAUACACUUACAUAAUUGUUCGAGUUUUGAGCUGUUCGUAUCCCGAGGUACCACUGUACUUUUUUGUAUAAAAAAAAAAGAGACAAUACAAGUUCAUUAUUAGUUUGCACGACUAUGUUCCAACAAUUGUAACAUAUUACAUGCAGCUGGAACACACUGCAGAUACAUGAAAAAAAAAGUUUUAUUAUCCUGAAUUAUAAAGAAUUCUAGAGGUUGGAUUACAGUGCUUGCUCUCUGUAGAAGAGGUGGAAAUGUUGCAGUUGAGAAAGUCAUUGGAAUUGAAAUGUCUGUGCAGCAGCUCUGAGAACACAGCUGUUGAAUGGUUGAUGAUGAAUGCAUUUCAUUUUUUGGGGUCACUGUACCUCUGUAGGAGGUGACCAGUUUUUAAAAAAAUGUACAGGAACCAAUAUGCCUUAUAUUAUCCACAGGGAACUGAUAAUGUGUAUAUAUGUUGUGCAGUGAUGUUUUUUAAUCAGAUUCUCAUUAUACCUCUUAUAUUUUUAAGUAUAUAUGUGUAAGAAAUCAAACAAUUCCAAUACAGUAUUUUAUAACAAGUAGUUAUAUUAAUAGAGUGUGAAUACACUAAGAUCCAUGUAGUGUUUUUUUGAAUGUGUGCUUUAUAGAUAAGAAUUUCAUUGUGUUAAUGGAAUUCUUAUUGUAAUAAUAGGGGGUCUUAUAAUAGCUUUUGGGCAAAGUAGAUAUGGUGUGUAAUGUUGCUUUGUUGAUUAUACCUACAUUUCUUGUGUUAUAAAUUCAUGCAGUUUUCUUAAAAAAAUUAAAACAUCCUAACAUACGUACCAGUACAUGGACAUAUACUAUAUAUAUAUAUAAUAGCACAUGAAAUCACAGAUAAACUAAGAACCAACACAUGUGGUCUUUCAACUGCAGUUCGUGCAAUACAGGAAUGUAAGAAAAUGUAAUUAUGGUCAGCUUGCUUUUAAUGCUUACACUAUGUAUAUUUUGAUCUAUGUACAUGCUCAAAUUUACAGUGGAACCUUGGUUUUUGUUUGCCCUGGUUUUCCUCAAAUUUGGUUUUCGGCAACUUUUUUUGUCAAAAUUUUGUCCCUGUUUUCGUUUAUCACCUCGGUUUUCGUCGAGCUGACAGUGGCCCGCUGUACCAAAUGUGUUAGCCCGUGCCCAUGCAAAGCAUCCCACACAUUCCUAGUCAGUCUGCUUUGUUUCUCAUCAGUAGAGGGUGGUAGUGAUGGUGGUAGAGAUAACCCCCGCGGCGUGAUGUUAAAUGUUCAUUUACCUAUUCCACUAGUCCUUUAUAUUUAUUUCUCAUUGUUUUCUGUAUGUAAAACUAGUUAUUUUCUAUAAAAUGUAUUUUUUGUUAAUACUUUUGGGUGUCUGGAAUGGAUUAAUUGGGUUUACAUUAUUUCUUAUGGGAAAUAUUGCUUCAGUUUUUGUCGAAUUUGGUUUUCAUCAGACUUUCUGCAACGAAUUAAUGACGAAAACCGAGGUUCCACUGUAUGUACAUCUGUAACCUAAUUUGAAUUGUGUUAACUUUAUGCUAGAAGAGUGUUCAUGCAAGACUGAUGACAAAAUCUUUCAUCAUGUAAUGAAAACUGCCUAUUUCAAUAAGUUUUAUGUUGUGGUUUUUGAAAUAUUGUGAUUUAUCUCUUAAGAUAUUCUGUGAUUCCAUGAAUGCCAUUUCUUUUUUCUUUAAUAGCUUUGGACGAAAAUAUUUUGUGCUGCAAAUUUUGGAGCUUUCAGAAAGAAUACAAAGUCACAAUACUGUGACUGGAACAAUACACAUACAGAAACUUAUUACGAUGUUUUGGUCCGACUUGGACCAUUAACUAGUCACACACUUUGGAUGAUGUUUCAGUCUAAGUUGGACUGAAACAUCAUCAAAAGUUUGUCUCCUAUGCGAGUUAUUUAUGUAUUGGAGUUUUCAAGUAAAAAAAAAAAAAGUCAACCAAAGGAGGAAUUAUAAAUUUUUGUUAAUGCAAAUACAGUGGUACCUUGACUUAUGAGUGCCCCAACUUAUGACUUUUUUGAGUUAUGAGCCGUUGCUCAGUUGAUUUUUUACUUUGAGUUGCAAGCCAAAAUCCGAGUUAAGAGCGAGCUUCAGAUACGCCACCACUAAUUGGCGGCGUAUCUGAAGUCAAAUCCAACUCUGUACCCAGAGGAACGUCAGGUACUUUGUCCUAUCCCACAUGCUCUUCCAAGACAUAACUGGAAGGAUAAUACUCCCACACUAACCACAGAUUGUAGUGAGGCACCUCGUUCCCUGUUUGGUUCUUGUAUAAAUCCGGGGAAGAGGUAACCUCCAUUUCAACACUCAGAGUUUUUCCAGAAACAUUAAUUAAGGUCAGUGGAGUAGUGAUGGUGGCAAGUGGAGUACUGAUAGUGGUGGGUGGAGUAGUGAUGGUAGUGGGUGUAGUAGUGAUAGUGGUGGGUGGAAUAGUGAUGGCAGUGGGUGGAGUAGUCAUGGUGGUGAUUGGAGUAGUGAUAGUGGUGGGUGGAGUAGUGACUGUGGUGGGUGGAGUAGAGAUGGUGGUGGGUGGAGUAUACAGUAUUUCUUAUUUAUAAAUACAUUUUUCUUAUUUAAAAACCCUUAACCAGAAAAUUGGGGUGGUUUUUUAAGGGGUGGAAUGGAUUAAUGGCAUUUCAAUUAAUUUCAGUGGGGAAAAUUGAUUUGAUAUACGAGCAAAUUGAAUUAUGACUCGGUCACAGAAUGAAUUAAACUCGUAAGUACCACUAUUUUUCAGUUCCUACCUCAUGGUAGUUUAUGAAUUAUUUAAGCUACUUUUUGCUUUGUGUAAUGUCUGUAAUAUUAUUUUGCUAGGUUAUUUGUAUGAGCAUUAGUGCAUUAUUAUUAAAUUCAUGGGGGAGGGGUGCUAAAUCCAUAUUAACCAUACAGCACCUCGGGGAAAAGGGAAGUAAUCAGGUUUGAUCUUGGGAAGGUGAAGUCAGGUUCACUUUCUUUGAUCAUUAUCCCAUCAUUUUUUUGAGGGGGAAGUACAGUGGUACCUCGAGUUAGGAACAUAAUUCAUUCCAGAAGGCUGUUCAAGUGCCGUUACCAAACAAAUUUGUUCCCAUAAGGAAUAAUGUAAAUUAGACUAGUCUGUUUCAGACCCCCAAAAAUAUACUUACAAAAGCACUUACAAAAAUACACUUACAUAAACUGUUCGAGUUGGAAGCUGUUCGAAACUCGAGGUACCACUGUAUUAGUAUAGAUAUCAGGUACUGUCUUCAUAAUUUUUCAAUGGCAUAUAAUUGGUUUAAAGUUUCAUGUAGUGCAGUUUUUAUAGGUUUUUGUUAUUAGAUAAUCUCUUCCAAGGUACGCAUCCAUAAUUUGAUUUUGCUGUUAGUUUGUACAGUAAUUAAUUGUCAGGAUUUUAGUUUUGUAAAAGGAUAAAUAAAUGGUGAAGAAAUUUAA